CAACUACGCAAUAUGCUUACAAAAUCUUUAACACAUUUUAAAUAAUAUUUGAAUAAAGAGUUGAAGAUGUCAAUUUUCCUAGGCUGGACAUCAAUUCUUCUUCUUUUUUUUUUUUUUCUUUUUUUUAAAUGACCCUAUGUCUAAUGCAGUGGGAACAUUUUAUUUUAGUAUACACUUGAUUUUAAAGUCUGCAGUACGCCAGUGCAAUGUCCUCUCAGAGAUGCCUGCUUGAGGAUAUGCUUUCAUUUGUUUCAGCCACCCUAUUGAUUCUCACUGAAUCUAAGACAUGUAACUCUUGGUAAACCCGCAAAAGUUUAGAAAGCUUGGUGGGUUGCAUUUUAUUGGCAUAUCAAGAGAAUGGGACAAACUCUGGAGUCUGGGGUCCAACUUUCAUCAGAAACAUUACCACAUCAUGUGAAUGAACUGUGGUGUUUCACAUUAUUUUACUGAUUUUUGCACAGUCACCCGCUCUGCAUCCUAUGCCAAGAUGGGAAGGCUUUUUUGAAGAAUGAGAACUCUGCUCAUCUGUAUCAAAAGCAGUAUGAAAACACAAUCAGCAUUGUGCAAUGAGGGCUGAAGAUAGCAGCAUAUCCCAUCUGUCUGUGUGUUAUUUGUUCUUACACAUCAAUGGCUUUUAGAAGGCAGAAGAAAUGUUUUGUAACAGCCGGAAGCUUGACUGUAACCAGUGAAGAACUAACAGACAAAAUGAAGGCCUUUGUAGAGAAAUAUGAGCAAAAAACUGAUGGGAAGAUAGGUAUCAUUGAGCUGGUUCAAAUACUACCCACAGAGGAAAACUUCUUGCUAUUUUUCAGACAACAGCUGAAGUCUUGUGCAGAAUUCAUGGAGGCCUGGAGAAAUUAUGAUGCUGAUCACAGUGGAUACAUUGAAGCUGAUGAACUUAAGAACUUUUUGAAAGAUCUGCUUCAGAGGGCUAAAAAACCAUAUGAUGAGAAGAAAUUAGAGGAGUACACACUGACUACGCUGAAAAUUUUUGAUUCAAAUAAAGAUGGGAAAUUAUGUCUGUCAGAAAUGGCACGGCUGUUACCAGACCAGGAAAACUUUCUACUAAAAUUUCAGGGGGUAAAAAUGGCCAGAAAAGAGUUCAACAAGAUUUUUGAGUUGUAUGAUCAGGACAGGAACGGCUACAUGGAUGAAAAUGAGCUUGAUGCCCUCCUCAAAGACCUUUGUGAGAAGAACAACAAGGUCCUGGAAGUCAACAAAAUCCCAACGUAUAAGAGCGCCAUCAUGGCUCUGUCUGACGGAGGAAAGCUCUACAGAACAGAGCUGGCGCUGGUGUUGUGUGCAGAGGAGAUGUGAACGCCUCCAUCUGUACUCACACCAUCUCAGAACCCUGUCCCCAGCUCACCUGUGAUGUGUAAUGUAGCUAGAACCUUCUUACGUUCUUUCAUUUUGAACAUGGAUUUCACAUAGGCAGGCAACCAGUGGCACAUACUUUUCAAUUUGUCGUUUCUAUACGGUUUCUAAAUGUACAGAUUUUUUAACAAUGACACGCGUACAAUACUUAUAACCUUCACUGCAUAGAUAAACACUACAUUUCCCUCAACAUGAGGAAGCCCCAAAAGCUACCAAAUCCCCAUCCUGAUUUCAAAAUCCAAAAUAUUCACCAAUACCUAUUCAGCAAAUAUAACAAGUAAUGAUUUAUCUUACAAUAUCAUAGACAAAAGCAAUAAUGUCCUCAAGGAAUGCUGAUGAAACAUGGCCUGUUGGUGGGAUCUAUGUAAAAUUCCAAAAGGCUACAUUUACUUUUGCGAUGCAUGUUUAUACUGUAGCUGACGGCAGGCCCUGCUAGUGGGGUAUUUUUGACUGCAAGCACAUGCCGAAUGUAAUGCAUCGCCCCAGUCCUGUCUUUAAUGUUAGAUUUUGCACUGUAAAGAAUGACAUGCUCCUCUAUGCUGAACACCACAGACACUGUGUAAGAUGAUAUUAAACUUAUUGAAUGACUACUUGCAUCCAGUUGUGUGUAAUAUAUCCCUCAGUCCCUAGAGAUUAGCUUGAAAUUAAUAAGUAAUAAAGCCCUCAUAUGUAUGACUAAGUUUUUCCCAAUACAGUGAAAGUCUAUUUAAUUGUAUGGACAUAAACAGUUGAAACAUUCUUCUAAAUAUCUUCUUUUGUGUUUCACAGUAGAAAGUACGUUAGGUAUGGAACAAUAUGAGUAAAUGAUGAAGAUCUCAAGGAGCUCAUUGUGUGGUUUGGUCCAACAUAUUCACAGCAUGGCAAAUGUUAGAUUGUUCAGUAAAUAAAAUCAUACUCAAAUUGAA